AUGGGCAGCGGCAAGUUCGGUUUCAACGGGAAAAAGGACAAAGUGACCGUUACGGAUGAUGCCAAGACUGAGUUCAGUGUUAAAGAGAAGUGCCGAAAAAUACAGAAGAAACUCAAGAAGACUGACAGCCAGAAGACUGAUGUGAAGGAGAAGGCGAUAUGGUGGAAUCAGUGCAGCAGCCUAAGUGAGAUCGACCAGUACUUAUGGAUGGUUGGCGGCUCGGCCGGCGCCUUGGCGCUGACCGGGGUCGCAGCAGCCUCCGCCUUCUACCUCAGCACGAGACCGAAGCCAGAGAAACCGCUCGUGACUCUCCACGAACAGAGCUUGUUGGAACCAAGUUGGCAGAGCGCAUCUUCGAGCGGUAUUUUUAACUCAUUGUACGAGGAGCAGCCCUGCUUGCUGCUCCCACGAGUGGCGCCCAUCCGGCCCCCGAUAAAUCUCAACGAGCAGUCGGAUGUGAUUAAAGGUCCAGAAAUGGUACGCGUGUCCAAAUUCUACAAAGACGCGAAAAAUGGACGGUUCCUGCGUUAUCUGCACGACGACACGCGCACACUAUUUGAAACUUUUCGACGGGGCGUAAAAGAAUCAAAUAAUGGCAACUGUCUCGGUUGGCGCGAGGGACCAAAUAAGCCGUACAUAUGGCAAACUUAUAAUGAGACCCUGUUGAGAGCGAAAAAUUUCGGAUCGGGCCUGAUAUGUCAAGGCCUCGCUCCAGGUCAAAGUACCUUUGUGGGCAUCUACGCGCAGAAUUGCCCGGAAUGGAUCAUGACUGAACAAGCCGCCUAUUGCUAUUCAAUGGUCAUAGUGCCGUUGUACGAUACCUUAGGUGCCAACGCGUGUGCCUUCAUUAUUAACCAAACUGAAAUGUCGAUAGUGGUGUGUGAAGACGAUAAGAAGGCGAAUCUCCUACUGGACCAAUCACCUAGAUGCUUGAGGAAACUCGUCACAAUUAAAGAGGUUUCCCCGUCUACGCAUCAAAGGGCCAGGAGUCGCGGCGUCGAUAUUGUGAAAUUCAGUGACGUGGAGAUACUAGGAGCGCAGAAAGACCACCCAUUUGUCCCACCGAAUCCGGAGAAUCUUUGCACGAUCUGCUACACGUCAGGAACUACUGGAAUGCCCAAGGGCGUGAUGCUCACCCACGAGAACCUGGUCGCCUCCAUGUGCAGCGUUAUCAUGCAGCUCGGCGAGCACCGGCCCUCGAAGCAUGACGUCAUGAUCUCCUUCCUACCCCUGGCGCAUAUGCUGGAGCGGUGCUGCGAGAAUGCUCUCUACAUGGUAGGCGGGGCGGUCGGCUUCUACAGCGGUGACAUAAGAAGACUUGGAGACGACCUAACCGCUCUAAAGCCGACAAUGAUGCCUGCCGUGCCCCGUUUACUUAAUAGGCUUUAUGAUAAGGCUCAGAAUGAGAUCUCAAAUUCAAAGAUCAAGAAGCUGCUGUUCAACAUGGCGCUUUCUGCUAAGGAAUCUGAACUGAAAAGGGGUAUUAUCCGUGGAGAUUCAAUCUGGGACAAGCUGGUGUUCCGAAAGGUCCGAGAAGGCAUGGGCGGCAGACUGCGCAUCAUGGUAGUCGGUUCGGCCCCACUCGCCGGCAAUGUCCUCACUUUUGCACGCUGCGCCUUAGGUUGUCUGAUCGUAGAGGGGUACGGUCAGACGGAAUGCACCGCGCCGGUCACUCUGACGGUGCAGGGCGACCACGUGCCGGAGCACGUCGGGCCUCCCGUCGCUUGUUGCAAAGUGAAGCUAGUGGACGUGCCCGAGAUGGAGUACUACGCAGCGCAGGGGCAGGGCGAAGUGUGCGUGCAGGGCGCCAACGUGUUCAAGGGCUACUUCAAGGAGCCCGAGAAAACGCGGCAGGUCAUCGACCGCGACGGCUGGCACCACACCGGCGACAUCGGCAAGUGGCUGCCGAACGGUACUUUGAAGAUCAUCGACAGAAGAAAGCACAUCUUCAAGUUGUCACAGGGUGAAUACAUAGUGCCGGAGAAGAUAGAGAACAUUUAUAUAAGGAGUCAGUACGUUGAACAGGUCUUCGUGCACGGCGAAUCAUUAAAAUCGUGCGUGGUGGCGGUGGUGGUGCCCGACGUGGACGUGGUGAAGUGCUGGGCGCUGGAGCACGGCAUCCAGGGCACGUUCUCCGCCUUGUGUGAGGACGAGAGGGUGAAGCGGGUGAUCCUCGAGGACAUGCUGCAGUGGGGAAGGAACGCUGGACUGAAGACGUUCGAGCAGGUGAAGGAUAUCUACUUGCACCCGGAUCCUUUCUCCGUGCAGAACGGCCUCCUCACACCGACGAUGAAGGCGAAACGACCUGAGAUCAGGAAUUACUUCAAACCGCAAAUAGAGGACAUGUACAAGCAGCUCGAA